AUGAGCAACUCAUAGUAAAUGUUCUGUCAAGAUCAUAAAAACUAAUAAAUUACAGCAAUUUGUAAAAUUCCUCGAUCUAAUGGUAAAACAAAAAUGUGCCAAAGAUGCCUUGUAAAUGAUCGCAGUAUCAAAGAGGGAGAUAUUAUCUUCAUUAAUGAAUUUGAAACUGAGAUAGAAAGUUUGAGAUCAGCUUUAGAAACAAUACAAAAUACACAAUUAUGA